AUGGCGCUAUUGUUACGAAGUGUGACUUGUGUGACUGCUAAGCGAACAGUCUUUGGUGCAUUUGUAGACAUUGCUGUGUCUUCUAGGUGUGUACGUGGAUUUGCAGCAAAGACAGAUAAGAAAAAGAAGGGUAAAAAAGGCAGUGAAGACACCAACUUUGAGCAGAUGCUGCGUGCGAUUAAGGGCCAAUAUCCAGACGCUGAGGAGUGGACAGAAGAAGAAGUACAGCGUCAUCAGGAAAUUGGUCGCCGUUACAAUGUCAUGAGCAUGAUUGAGCACAACCACUUGAUGCGUGAUGUGCAGACCAAGAUUGAUUUCAAGUGGGAGGCCAUUAACGCGCUACCGGCUGAGUUGCAGGCUGAAGCACUGGAAAUUGACAAUGCUCCUAUUCCGGAGGAGCAAGGGAUGGCUACCUGGACACCACCCAUUCCAGGCUUCCGACGAUACACGGACGAAGAAGCUGAGACGAUGGAAUAA